CCUCCCGGCUCGUCUGGAUCUUCCUCUGGACUCUGGAGCUGCGGUGCGCCCUGGCGGACUUCACCCUGGAGAACGAGGUGCACUCGAGUUUCAUCCACAGGAGGCUCCGGAGCCAGGAGCGCCGGGAGAUGCAGCGGGAGAUCCUGUCCAUCCUGGGGUUGCCCCACCGGCCGAGGCCCCACUUGCACGGCAAGCACAACUCGGCUCCCAUGUUCAUGCUGGACCUCUACAACGCUAUGUCGGUGGAGGAAGAGGGCCCCAGCGAAAGCGGCGAAGGCUUCUCCUACCCUUACAAGCCUAUCUUCAGUACUCAAGGGCCACCCCUGGCCAGCCUGCAGGACAGCAAUUUCCUCACCGAGGCAGAUAUGGUCAUGAGCUUCGUGAACAUGGUGGAACAUGACAAGGAGUUUUAUCAUCAGCGCAGUCAUCGUCGCGAGUUCCGAUUUGAUCUCUCUAGGAUCCCCGAGGGUGAAGCAGUAACUGCAGCUGAGUUUCGAAUUUACAAGGACUACAUUAGAGAACGUUUUGAUAAUGAAACAUUCCAAAUCGGUGUCUACCAGGUCCUCCAAGAACAUCCAGGAAGGGAUUCAGAUUUGUUCUUACUUGAUACUCGUACAAUUUGGGCUGAAGAAGAAGGUUGGCUAGUAUUUGAUAUUACAGCAACUAGUAAUCACUGGGUGGUAAAUCCACAGCACAAUCUUGGCCUACAGCUAUCAGUGGAGAGUAUAGAUGGGCAAAGCAUUAAUCCCAAGUUCGCUGGUCUCAUUGGAAGGCAUGGUCCACAAAACAAGCAGCCAUUUACGGUGGUCUUUUUCAAAGCUACUGAAUUACGUUUCCGAAGCAUCCGUUCUACAGGAGGCAAACAGCGGAACCAAAACCGUUCAAAGGCACCUAAAAAUCAAGAAGCCUUUCGAGUGUCAAAUCUUGGAGAAAACAGCAGCAAUGAUCAGAGGCAAGCUUGCAAGAAACAUGAACUCUAUGUCAGUUUCAGGGAUCUUGGCUGGCAGGACUGGAUCAUCGCUCCAGAAGGUUAUGCUGCUUAUUACUGCGAAGGGGAAUGUGCUUUUCCACUGAACUCUUACAUGAAUGCAACAAAUCAUGCUAUUGUACAGACACUGGUUCACUUUAUAAACCCCGAUACCGUGCCGAAGCCUUGCUGUGCCCCAACACAACUCAACGCCAUUUCUGUUCUCUACUUCGACGACAGCUCCAACGUCAUUUUGAAGAAAUACAGAAACAUGGUGGUCCGAGCCUGUGGCUGCCAUUAACAGCCUAGUCAGAAAAGCUAUAUCGGGAUUUCAAAAUGUGCAGACUGAAUUGUUUUUAUAAAAAAGAGAGGUUUUUUUAAAAAAGAAAAAAAGAGGAAAAAAGAAAAGAAAAGAAAGCUAUCGUAGGAAGAAAAUUUCGAAAUGGGCCAAAGGUUCAGGAAUUAUUUUUGAGAUGCAAAUGCUGCUUUGAGCAAAGUUGGCUUUAGAUUGCACAGGAGCAUCUUGAAGGAAAAUAAGGAUGAAUUCUAGGAGCAGAUUUUUUUUUCUCUGCAAGUGCCUUGUCAGGGAAACAGACCUCUUUUAUUUCUUACUUUUCUUUUCUUUUUUAACAAGAAAGCUAUUUGAGAUGUAUAUGAAUGAGGAACAUAUCCAUGGACAGGUUUAUAGAUUUCCUUCCUAAAGAAAUGCACCACAUGAAUUAAAAUGUAUGAAUGAAUUUAUCUGAAUCCACUGGCUAUCUCGACCACAUUACAAGGAAGAUGUGAAUUUUGACUUAUUUUUAAAACAAAAAUUCCAUGGCCUUACAUGUUUGAGAUGUUCCCUGCCAAGGCAGCUAUAAAACUUUUGCAGUGAUUCCAGACACUGAACAUUAUGUAUAUACUGUACUUUUUUCAGCUGGAUCUCCUGUUUCCUAUUCAAAACAAGCAGGCAGCAUUAUAAAUCCAAGAAUCAGGGCUGUACAUAAUAUCCUUGUAUGGCCAUACAUAGUGUUCCAUAUACAAGCACAGAGACAGCAAGAUAAAUGGCAUACAGAUUUGAGCUGCAGUUGGCUGUGUUUAGUGUAAUUCAUGGAAUUGCACAAUUAAGCUUCUGCUGUUUGAGAAAUUCUGACAAUAGCAUUCACUAGAAUACGGACAAUAAAAUUUGCCAAUCUUAUUUCCCAAGUCACAGUAGCAAACAUGCAGAUUUACUCUAAUAAUUGUUUAAUCACUUUUGGGGGCAAGAUUUGUUCUUUUCCUAUGCUUUAAUCCAACUUGAUAGGCAAGAGAAAAGUCUUAACUACUCGGAAGAAUGAAUUUCUUAAAAGUGCAGGAACAAUGCAUUCAGCCAAUAUAGAGAUAUUUUGUUUCUGAAAAGUGCCUUCUCCCGUUUCUGUUUUGGCAAUGCUAAUUUAAAUCUUCUUCUAAUCUGGGAGGGAGCAGAAAGGUAUAAAAAGUCAAUACAAUAAUUGCCUUUGAAUUAAAAGGCUACCAUUUUUGAAGCCAUGUUGGUCAGACUAAUCUGGAUGAAGAGGUAGACAGCUUGUCAAUGACAUGGAAUUGCAACUCUGUUAAACAGUGGUAAG